AUGGCAGAAAAAGGAGAGCCUGCUCUCAAAUCUCCCGGUGAUUCGGGUAAAGUGAAAGCACCUGAUCCUUUGGAGCUAAGACUUGAGCAAGAUCUUCCAGAAAAUACAACAUGCCUAAGUGAUUGUGAAGUUGUUGAUAUUUUGAAAAAAUUCCAAGAGACAAUGGUGGCACUUUCUAUAGAACCACCUGGUUCAUUUGACAGGGGAUUGGAAUAUGCUCAAAGAAACAGGCUUUAUGAUAAUGCCCAGACUGUUAAACAAAUACUCGAGCCUCUAAAACAACAUGGUGUUUCUGAUGGGGAGCUCUGCAUGAUUGCCAACUUUCGCUUGGAAUCUGUUGAUGAAGUGUUUGCUCUUGUUCCGUCAUUGAAGACUAAAAAGAGCAUGCUGAUAGUUCCCCUCGAGAAUGUGUUGGCUGAACUAGCCAAACUUAGAAGGGCAGCAUAA